CCCCCGUUGGAUUGAGUGGACUGGGAGCUGUCGUGGUGGCGGCGGCGGUGAAAGACUGCGACAGACAGACAGAGAGAGAGAGACUCACCGUGCCCCCCUCUCUCGCCAUCUCCACACCUUGCUUACAAACUCUACACGCAGGGGAGCUGCUGCGGCACCGAUUGCCGCUGCUGUCGCCGCACCUCUCCCUUGAGUGGGAUGGCUGGCCGCCCCCAGGCGUAUGACAGCAACAGCAGUGACCCCGAGUACUGGGAGCACAACCCCAACUCUUGGGACUCACAAGCGAGCACCCGGCGCCGCCGAUACUCCAAGAGACCAAGUGCCUCAUCGCGAGUUGUGAAGAACGUGGGCGAUCAGCUGAAUAGGAUGAGCCUUCAUGGGACUGGCAACGUGGGUGCCAACGGCAGUGGCGGAGCUGGCGGAGGCGGUGGGAACGGGUCGGAGCGUUCGAGAGACCGCUGCCGCUCCAGCGACCGCUCACGCGACUCCUCCCACGAGCGUGCCGAGGGGCAGCUCACGCCCUGCAUCCGCAACGUGACGUCGCCCACCCGCCAGCGCCCGCCCGAUCGCGGCAGCGGGGACGGCGGGCGAGUGUCGCGGCCGUCGAGCCCGCGGCCGACGCGGGCGUCUCCGCCUUGCACGGCCGGGGGGGCGUGCGGGGCUCGUGCCAAGGAGGACAUGGUGGUGAUGUCUUUGGAGAGCCACAAGGACGGCGGUGGUAUCAUCAUCGGCGGCGGUAUCGGCGGCGGCAUCUGCGGCCCCAGCAUGGGCCUGGGCCUGGGCCGGAGCGUGCGCGGUCACGAGCGGGUGACGCUCAUCGUGGACAGCACGCGGUUCGUGGUUGACCCGGGAAUCUUCACGGCGCACCCCAACACAAUGCUGGGCAGGAUGUUUGGCUCCGGACGGGAGUAUAACUUCACGCGGCCGAACGACAAAGGGGAAUACGAUGUCGCAGAAGGGAUCAGCUCCACAGUCUUCAGAGCAAUCCUGGAUUACUACAAGACUGGAAUGAUUCGGUGCCCAGAUGGGAUUUCCAUCCCGGAGCUGAGAGAGGCAUGCGACUAUCUGUGCAUCCCCUUCGAGUACAGCACCAUCAAGUGCCGCGAUCUCAGCGCCCUGAUGCACGAGCUGUCCAAUGACGGGGCACGGCAGCAGUUUGAGUACUACCUGGAGGAGAUGGUGUUGCCGCUGAUGGUGGCGAGCGCGCAGGGCGGCGACCGCGAGUGCCACAUCGUCGUGCUGACCGACGAGGACGUCGUCGACUGGGACGAGGAGUACCCGCCGCAGAUGGGGGAGGAGUACUCGCAGAUCAUUUACAGCACCAAGCUUUAUCGAUUCUUCAAGUAUAUCGAGAACAGGGACGUUGCCAAGUCCGUUUUAAAAGAACGUGGCCUGAAGAAGAUUCGACUGGGAAUCGAGGGUUACCCGACGUACAAGGAGAAGGUGAAGAAGCGUCCGGGCGGGCGCCCAGAGGUCAUCUACAACUACGUGCAACGGCCCUUCAUCCGCAUGUCGUGGGAGAAGGAGGAGGGCAAGAGCCGGCACGUGGACUUCCAGUGCGUAAAGAGCAAGUCCAUCACCAACCUGGCGGCGGCCGCCUCCGACGUUCCGCCCACCGAGCCACUCGCCGCUGGCAGCGGCGGCGCAGCUCCUGCCGCCAACGCCGCGGCCGUCAUCCACGGCGCGGGAAGUUUGCACGCGCCGCCUCCGCAGGUGGACGAAUUGGACGUCCUGCCCAACCUGUCUGGUCCGUCGAGGGGCCACGAGCAUUACCCUGACCAGCCGCUGCCUCCCGACUGAGGAGCAGCGGUCAGAGGGUAGCAAUGGCUGGCCGGUCGGCCGGCAGGCUAACGCAUCUGCGCUCCCUCCACUGCAGAGUUUAGGGGGUGACACUGAUGCCUCAUAGCCGCUGGAUGUCAAAACAAAUUAAACAUACACAUGUAGGUAAAAUAUAAAUCUCGAUUCAUGAGCGCACGCCUUUCUCAGUGAUUCAGGAACUAGCAAACUUAACUGUAUGCAUGGCUGCCGACCGUUUAAAUUCCUGUGUAAAACAGAAAAAAAAAUCAAUGCACGUGUAAGAAGGAGGAAAGUGUUUUCUUUUUAUUUAAGUACAAACGUAAAGCCACUGUUGAACAAGUGUCUUCUAUCAAAUGUAUUCAUUCUUCCACUUUGCUGCCAUUUAGAAAAUGUGUGGUUUUUUUCCUAUGGCAUUCAUUAGUGAUUUAAAAGCAUGCAAUUCCACUAUCAUAAACCUAUUCCUCAACAUGCCAAUGCAAACCCCAUGAGUGUGUAAUGUGUAGCGCUGCCAAAUACAUUGUUAUAAUUACAAUGCACAACCUGCUUACCUGACAAGCACAGUGACAGGAAGACAGUGACUACCUAUCAAAACUUAGAGACGACAACACGAGAAUGAUACGGCCACAUAACCCACUGUAUAAAGGGAACGCCCUGAAACCGUGUAUGAACUAAACUAAACUUUUUUUUAUUUUACAGCGGGUGCGGUGGCAAGAAGUUAAGCGAGAGCUUUUGGUAAUUUAUCAAAAAAACCCUGGUGACAUUUUAUAGCUACCUUUCCAUACAGGAGACCGCUCCAAUCUGUUUAGCAGAUUUAACAACACUCAAAGGUGUGCAUGGCACUUACAAAAGCCUUAUCCAGACAACCGCAUCAAAAUAACUGAAGGCGUCGCCAUUUUGUCAUUUAGAUCUCGGACUCAGAGUUGAUAAAAUGUGGCUAUCCCAACAGGCAGCAGUGAAACAGACAACUGUAGACCAGUUUUGUGCUCAUUAGGACUGGUCAGUGUAGUACAACAAUGUUCACUGCUGCCAUAUUACUGUCAUAUUCCUCUGUGUGUUGUUAAAUCUAUGUUUCCAUCCUACAUUCAUUUUUUCUGUUGUAAUGGGGUUUAUCGUCAUUUACAGAGUUUUUUUACGUAGUGUAGUGUUUAACUUUCACUUUCCAAAAACCCAUUUUUGUCCAUUCAUUAGGCAUGUAAUACCGUUUUAUUAAUGUCAACAUGAUAACACGAUAGUUGAGAGAGAUGACCCACCAAUUGUUUAAAUCAAGCCAUAUAGUGCAUUCGUGAAUAUCGGUAUGAUACCAGUAAGCAGCACAAGGGGCUUCAAAUAACAAAAAGCAAAUGGCCAGAGUCGAGGUCGUUGCACAGGAUUUUUCGUCCACUUAUUAUUACUCUUCAUGGACGACUGCAUUGCUGAUAUGUAAAGACCACAAUAACUUUUUUUCACAUUGCUGUGACUUUUAUAUUGCAGUUUGAAUGUGUUUUCAUGGUUGUCACCACUAUAAUUUAUUCAAAAGAAGUGCUUGUAUUGGUUGAAACAAGUGGUGUUUGUACUUUUUUUAUUAUUAUAUAGAUAAAUUAACAUCACGCACAUUUGUUGGUGACCUUGUCGGUUGCUGGUCAUAUAUUUUUUCAUAGGAAUCUGCGUUAAAAGUCACCGAGCGUGGUGGAAUUACAUUUUUACACGCGUUUUUGCUUGGCAGUUGCAAAUAGGGUUUUCUUGCAUUCACGUAUAUUUCCUAAUUGAGGAGGUAGUGGUCUGUAGCUGGUUCCCAUGACACCUGUAACCCAGUUAGCACCAAUCGCGAUUAGAUCGGUUCUCAAUCUGACCCAGCCUAUCAUGAUCUUGAGUGAAAACCAGUAAACGAUGUCAUCCUCCAACUCCUCUUGACAUUUGACCUUCCUACCAUUGUGUCUAUAAUCCACUUAAAUGUUUCAAAUGUGUGUGAUAAUGUAAAUAGUGUAGAAAAUGCUUACUGAGCUUAUUAGCUGGCACCAAUGUAAAAUGACACACUGUGGUAUGAUGUCCUCCGGAGUUACGUAUUUUUAGUGGGCCCAGAUGUUGGUGGGAAUGUUUGGGCUGUGUGGCUGAGUUUGAAAAUGACAUGGCCAUGUCUAAAAUGGGUCUCGUGCUUUGGGAUUCCUUAGGACACACACCAUGGCCCACUGCAUAGAUUGGAUCUGGAUUGGAAAGAAAGCAUUCAUGGGAGCAAGGCAUUUGAGAACCUAUAUUUCACUUUUUCUAUAACAGUAUUUGAUGUGCUGCUCUGGAGUAUGGGGGAUUUCACUGCAGUCACUAACAUUUGCACAAAUUCUAUGGCCUUAUCUUUGUCAAUAAAUACAAUGUGACACCUGCAACUCGUGGUUUGUUACAUUUAAUACAACUUUAAGAUACGAUACAAAAGUUCAAAUCAAUGCAUUAACAUUUUAUAUAUCGAUGCGAAAAUAUCUUGCCAUGUUGAAUUUGUGUUUUGUUGUUAAUCACUUGUUAAGUGUGUUUAAAAAAAACAAUUUGUUCUGUAUUAGAUAUAUGCAGGUUUUCCAAACAGAAGCUAUUGUAUGUGUACAUACUGCUUGUGGAUAACCCCCCAUGUCUGCUAUAAGACUGACCAACAAUUGUCCCAAGUGAAUGCAUUGCUUUGGGAGAAAAAAAUAUAUAUAUCAUGGAAGCUCCGUUGGCAAAACACUUCAUCCACUACCAUCCUGCUAUCUCCAUAAACGGCAUCAACGUGUCUAGAAUUGAUCAAAAAUAACAACAAAACUGCAGUGCAUGCUCACUUGAGUGGACAUUGUCUCAGUUUACAUGUAUGCAUGUCCUUUGUCUCAGUGGCAAUCUCACACCACAUCGGACAGGUUUCUCCAUUAGUGUGACACUACAGUAACAAUGUACCCUCACUUGUGUUAAGCACUGUGUGCUUUUAUCACUGAGAAUGCUGUGGGAAUUUUGUGAUGUGAAAUCAUUUUUUUUUAUCUUAGUUAUUCUAGUUUGGGGAUUUGUAUUAGCAACGCGACCUCGGUAUUUUGUGUAAUUUCCACAGAAGAUCGUAUGUGCAUACACGGCUGGGUUAUUUAAAGGGAAGUUAUUGACCAGUUUUGGCCAUUGUUGCCUGUUCAUUUUGAAUGUUUGCAACUUUGUGUGUUUAUAUCUGUGUUUGCUAAUUGGUUGCAAUCUAUCUUUACAUCAAUCUUGUACAUGUAUGAAUGUUUUCAAAUAAAGUUGAAUUGUAAAUUGCA